AUGGAAACAAAAAAUGGAAGUCUGGGGACAGACUUCAUCCUUCUGGGCUUUUCCAAUCAACCCCAACUAGAGCCCAUCAUUUCUACGUUUGUCUUCAUCUUCUACAUUGUGACUCUGGUGGGAAACACAACCAUCAUAGCCAUAUCUUAUCUAGAUGCCCACCUCCAUACUCCUAUGUAUUUUUUCUUAUCCAACCUGUCUUUUCUGGACCUCUGUUACACAACUAGCAUUGUUCCUCAAAUGCUGGUAAACAUGUGGGGUCCAAAAAGAUCAAUCACAUAUGGAGGCUGUGUGCUCCAGUUCUUCUUUGCCCUGGACUUGGGAGCCACAGAAUGUCUUCUCCUGGCAGUGAUGGCCUAUGAUCGCUACGCUGCUGUCUGUCAGCCUCUGCACUAUACCGUGAUAAUGUACCCUCAGCUUUGCCAGAAGAUGGUGCUGUUAUCCUGGUUGGGUGGCCUUGGCAGUGCCUUAAUUGUUUGUUCUUUAACUCUAAAGUUACCAAGAUGUGGGCACUGGGAAGUAGAUAAUUUUUUCUGUGAGAUGCCAGCCUUGAUCAAGAUGGCGUGUGUAUAUUCAAAAGUAAUUGAAUAUGUUGUCUUUGCUCUUGGCGUUGCAUUUCUUCUAGCACCUCUGUCACUAAUUUUCAUUUCAUAUGGAGUUAUCACUCAAACUGUAAUGAAGAUCAAGUCAGCAGCAAGAUGGAGGAAAGUGCUGAAUACUUGUGGUUCCCACCUCACGGUAGUAACUCUGUUUUAUGGAACAGUCAUUUAUAUGUACAUGAAACCACAAAAUACCACAUCCCAAGAAGAAGGAAAGUUCUUCACACUCUUUUACACAAUCGUCACACCUAGCCUUAACCCUCUCAUCUACACUUUAAGAAACAAAGAUGUAAAAGCUGCCAUGAAGAGAAUUUUGAGUCUUAAAAAGUGUUCUACAAGAAUGUGA